UCUCGCCUAGCGGAUGGGAGCAUUCGGAGUGCCGCGAGCUCGUUGAAACGUUGGACCAAAUUCCCUCCACAAGAAGAGUUAAGGUUGCAGCGCUUCCGGUCGAGUGCGCCCCGCGCGCGGAAGUUGGAUUGUUUUGGUUGGCCCGAAUGUUGUUGGGGUUUCUCUGUGUCCCCCUAAAAAUAGCCGCGCAAAGUGAGUGCUUGACAUUGGGUCCAGCGUGACGGCGGGAGAUUAUUACUGCCGGAGGUGAUAAUAGGCGCGAACGGAAAAAAGAGCACAAGAUCAAGGCUCUGGUUAUCAUGUGGAGCGGCUGGGGUUAGCCAGAAAUGGCAGCAAUGAUUCAAUUACUAUUGGAGUUCUAAUUGAGUGUGUAAACAGUGGAAAAUUAGUGGUCGACCAUCGUUCGCUGGCGGUGCAGCCGCCCUGGUGAGUGGUCAAGCACAAACGGUGUUUGGAAGUGGAAAAAAAAUCGAAUACAGCAGCGAUAAACAGUAUUAUUUGCCGAAAGUGUAACUUGGUGACCGAAUUGCCCAGCUCGUGUGGAAAGAUCGAAGAUUUUUUUUUGCAUUUGCAACGACGUAUAUUCCGUAUAUUCUACUGUGGAAGGCGAAGGUGAUUUUGGAAGAAACCGAUCAUAUGUCACACAAGACGUGAAGUGAGAGAUUCCGAAAUACAAGUUACAAGUAUUAAUUCACUGAAGGAGAAACAGAUAGAUAAUAAACAAAAAUACAACUCAUUGUUGUUGUAUUUAAACAGACAGCAACAGCAGCGGACGUUUGUGUAAAAUCGUUAGAAUCAAUUAUUCAACUCUUUAAGAGCUUUGGCGAAGCAGAAUAGAGCAGUUUUUGCUGUUAAAUAAAUCAGCAUCCACGAAACUUUCCGCUAGACAUUCUGAUACCUGGAAACAUGAAUCUUUGGAAUCUUCAUAAAUGAGUCUCAACCCGUGAGUCACGUGUAUUCGAACAGAUUGUCUAUCGUUCGUCGAAUCGUUUAUGUCUACACUUCGGGCGUACCGACAGCCCCCCAAGAGCGCCGCCAGCUCCUGAGCUGUACAUUCCAGUUGAGGUGGCGCGGAGCCAGGCCAGGUUAUAAUGAGGUGUAGAAUCGAGAAUUUGGUUCUUUUGCUCGUGAAGUUCGUUCCAGAAAUAACGUGAAUUGUGCCGCGCCGCAAUCCGACGAUCCAAAGAAUUGCUACGGGGUGAUAAAUUAUGGCCUCAAUUGGGUGCGAAGUAAGAGAAAAAAACAACCAUUGAGAUCUGAGCCGAGUGAAAGUGCAAAGGAUAAAGCUAAAAGUGUUGUAUUCUUUCCUUUGGGAACUCGUUGAAAAUAAUGAGCUCAUGCAGCUCGAGGCAAGCGAAACGAAAUGUGUUUUGGUGUGUGUUGUGUUUCAUUGGCUGUCUGGGGGCUGGUGUUUGGGAUGGUGGGUGGUGGCCAACCAAAUGGCCUUGCUGCACUGUCAGUGGUGCUUCAAUAGGGAAUGAGUCCAUCCGCGGCUUAUUGGCUAUCGUCGACAUCGUAUCUCCAGCCACUGGGUUCGAUAUACUGCUGGACGGCAAUCAUACCUUGGCGCAGGAGGUCAAUGGCAGUGCCUUCCAAAUUCACGAAACGAUGGCGCUAUCCAAGCGGGGCCAGUGUCGAUGCUGGAAUUCGACGGAUGAAUUUCUGGACGAGGUCCAAUGCCGAUGCGAGGGUGACUCGAUAGUGAGGAUUCCUCAGAAGUUGACGAUGAUGCAAAAAUUCACACUCGAGAGAGUGGGUAUCAAGCGAUUAAAGGAGAAUGCACUGUCGGUCUAUGCUGCCGAACUGCAGGAUUUAUUUUUCAUGUAUCUUAAAGACUUCCACCACAUCGAGGGACGAGCCUUCGCCAAGCUGCGGAAUCUCCGGACACUGUACAUAGCUCACGCACCCAAACUUCAUUUCCUCGAAACAAACGUAUUUGAGGGUAUUUCUCCGAAAUUGAAAACAUUGCGCAUAAUCCACUGUGGGCUGCUGGCGGUACCGGAUAUGCGAAUGCUCUCGGUUCACAUCAUUCUGCACAUGGUAGAUUUAGACGGCAAUCAGAUCCAGGAGAUUCACGAGAAGGCGUUGCAAAUUAAGACUGAUGAAUUAAUUUUAGAUAAUAAUGCCCUCACCAACAUUCAUGGUGCUGCGUUCUUUGGCUCUGAGGUAGCAAAACUAAGCCUGAAAAUGAACGUUAAGUUGAAAAGUAUACACCAAUCAGCUUUCGUUGGAAUUAGAAACAUCCGAGAACUCGAUCUCUCCGGGACAGCCAUCGAAGCCAUGCCAACCGAGGGUUUGAGUGAUCUGGAAGUGCUUCGCAUUCAGAACACACACUCGUUCAAAACGAUUCCAUCGGUUUACAACUUCAGGAAUCUACAAAUCGCUUUCCUCACCCACUCGUUCCACUGCUGUGCGUUCAAGUUUCCCGCCCGUCACGACCCGGACGGGCACGAGCAAAAUCUGCGACGCUUCCACGAGGCCCAGAAGAAGUGCAUUGCCAAUGGGUAUUCGACUCCGCACGUUAGGCUUGCCGGGUUGGAAAUAAUAGAUGGAGCAAAACCAAUGGAAAAACUUAAAGACGGAAUGGAAGCUCUGAAACGCAAAAGACGCCACACUCCAGCGGUCGACGAAGCGAAUGGUUUUGGAUGGUUGCGCGUUCCGCCCAGGAACACGUUGAAAGGAGUUAAAGGAGAUGAACCACACGAAGCUGACGAUGUCUUGAUUAGUUCAGUCAACAGUGCGUACGCGAUGAGCGACGGAUUCCUUCAACCGAUCACCGGACUGCCCAUUGAUGAGUCGAUAAUCCGGGAAGAUGUAUCCGAUCUGUACACGGAAAAUCCUCUGCCGGGUGUGUUCCACGAAACGGAGAUACAACCCGCUUCGAUGGAGGCGCUGUGUGGAAAUCUCACACCCACAAUUUUCGAUGUUAAGUGUUAUCCGAUGCCUGACGCGCUGAAUCCGUGCGAGGAUGUAAUGGGCUCCCACUGGCUGAGAGGUUCCGUUUGGGUGGUUGUGCUGCUGGCGGUGUUCGGUAAUGUUGCGGUGCUGGUCGUGUUAUUCUCCAACAGGACCGACUUAUCCGUUCCAAAGUUCCUGAUAUGCCAUCUGGCGUUCGCCGAUUUGUGCAUGGGCCUCUACCUACUGCUGAUUGCAGCCAUCGAUGCCCACUCGAUGGGCGAGUACUUCAAUUUUGCUUUCGACUGGCAGUAUGGUUCCGGUUGCAAGGUCGCGGGUUUCCUCACAGUCUUCGCCGGCCAUCUCUCGAUUUUCACGUUGACAAUCGUAACUCUGGAGCGCUGGUUCACUAUCACCCACGCAAUUUAUUUGAACAAACGUAUCAAACUGUCGGCGGCCACAUACAUCAUGAUCGCCGGAUGGAUUUAUUCCAUCGUGAUGGCAUCGCUGCCCCUGUUUGGGAUCAGUAAUUAUUCUUCGACCAGUAUUUGCCUGCCAAUGGAAGCACGCGACAGUUGGGACAUUGCGUACCUGCUGACCGUGCUGGGAAUUAACGGGCUGGCCUUCGUCAUAAUUGUGAUUUGCUACGCCCAGAUCUAUCUGUCGCUGGGGAAGGAAACGCGCCACGCUGCCCGGACGGCACACAGCGGGGAAAUGACCGUUGCCAAGAAGAUGUCGCUGCUGGUGUUCACAAACUUUGCCUGCUGGGCGCCGAUAGCUUUCUUCGCCCUAACUGCCAUUGCCGGAUAUCCGCUGAUAGACGUGACCAAGUCUAAGAUUCUGCUGGUGUUCUUCUACCCGCUGAAUUCAUGCGCCAACCCGUAUCUGUACGCCAUAAUGACGGUGCAGUACCGGAAGGACCUCUUUAUGCUGCUUUCGAAUUACGGAUUUUGCACACAACGUGCGCAGCAGUACAAAAUGACAUACUCGAUGCCAACGAAUACGAUUCAGCUAGCAACCACACGGGGAUCGUUGACCACCGCCGGGAACAGCGGCAAUGCAAAUGGGACCACAACAGUUACCUGCACCGCGGGGAAUCCCACCGUCCCCAAUAGUACCAACUCGAAUGGAAAUCUCAACCGAGAGGGGGUGCCAACUGCCAGCAUCACUGGGUUGGGAAAGACCGCAGAGAAGGAGGAAAGCGAAACUUUCCUAUAAAAACGGGAACUUUGCUAUAAAACACAAAUCAAAGCGUUUGUACAAUCCAAUCCCGUGACACCCACGCGGCGAGACGAAAAUGAACUCGUCGCGAAAUAUUCAUUCCCAAUCUGAAUGUGAUACUCGAAUCUCAAUGUAAAAGUGUGUUAUUUUUAUGUCUUGGCUGUUUUCUAUGAUGAAGAUGAAACAUAUUAGCAUGCCUGCGCGGGCUUUAUUCCGCCUUCGCUUCAAGCUGCUUCAAGGGCCGCGUGUAAUGGAGCGAAGAAGGGAUUACAGACAAAUCCAAGUUUUAUGUGCAUGAAUAAAAGGAAAGAAGU